GUCCUCGCGUCUCCAGCUCUUUCAGGAACAUUCUGACACAACGAAUAAUUUAGCCGAACAGUAUAGCCGCCAAUUUUGCCAUUAUAUAACAACAAGAGAUCCUUCCUCUCUCAUCAGUAUCAUCAGUCGAAGAUGGCGAAGUCACGCAGAGUUGGUAUUGCAAUGGACUUCUCUCCCACCAGCAAACUUGCUCUCAGAUGGACCGUUGAUAAUCUCAUCGACCAUGGAGAUCUCAUCAUCUUGAUCAACGUUCAACCUCCUAAGUCUGAUCACACCAGAAAGGAGCUUUUCGAAGACACUGGUUCACCUCUGGUGCCUCUGGAGGAGUUGAAGGAGAUAAAUUUCACGAAGCAAUAUGGUAUUGCGAGAGACUCUGAAGUUUUGGACAUCCUUGAUACUGUGUCAAAGACCAAAGAGGCAAAAGUAGUAGCCAAAGUAUAUUGGGGAGAUCCAAGGGAGAAGCUGUGUGCGGCUGCUGAAGAUCUCAAGCUUGACUCUCUUGUAAUUGGAAGCAGAGGAUUAGGCUCCAUUAAAAGGUUGUUGUUGGGGAGUGUAAGCAACUAUGUGGUAACAAAUGCUUCAUGCGCCGUCACAGUGGUUAAGGGGAACCUGUCUUCCAAUUCAAGGCACUGAUAUGGAUUGUGUUUGGUUUGUGUUUGUGUUUCUUUAAAGCAAAUUCAUAAAAAGGAAAAAGAAAAGGUUUGAUUGAAAGGUGCUUGUGAACAUAAAUAUAUGUACCGUUGGCUUUUCAUGAAGUGAGAAUAACAAUGUGUGAUUUAAAA